AAGUCAAUGUGUAAGACCGUUAGUUAUAAUCUCCAUCUCUCUGAGCCUGAGGACCAUGUAAAAGAUCAGCAGUGGAUAUAUAAAUCGAUGGAGAGCCCUCCAUGCAGCAGGUCGCUAGUACUAAUUUCAUUCGGCUGAACAGACGUCAUUGCUGAAGAAGAAGAAGAAGUAAUUAACAGGGAUUAGGAGGGUGUGUGGCCUUAACUGGGCUUGCAAUUGGGGCGCCAUGGCCGGAGGGGGAGGGAAAGCCAAGCCGCUGGAGUUCACGCCGACAUGGAUCGUCGCGUCCGUCUGCUCCGUCAUCGUCAUCAUCUCCCUGCUCUUCGAGCGCUUGCUCCACCGCUUAGGCAAGAGGCUGAAGCAGAGCCGCAAGAAGCCGCUGUUCGAGGCGCUGCUCAAGGUGAAGGAGGAGCUGAUGCUGCUGGGGUUCAUCUCGCUGCUGCUCAACGUGCUCCAGGGCCCCAUGGGGAAAGUCUGCGUCGACCGGAGCGUCAUGCGCCACCUGCUACCCUGCAAGCCGCCGCCACGGCAGCUGAACAAGACAAAGCACCUCGGUGUCGACGCCGUGUUCACCGCCGUGGUGGGCGGCGCGAGGCGGCUCCUGGCUGGAGCAAGCGCCUCCGAUGACUACUGCCUCAAGAAGGGCAAAGUUCCAAUACUUUCAGCUGAAGCUGUUCAUCAGUUACACAUAUUUAUCUUCUUUUUGGCGGUCACUCAUUUCUUUCUCAGCGCCGUUACAGUUCUACUAGGAAUUGCGCAGACGAGAAAUUGGCGACAUUGGGAGAAAAAGAUCCAAGCAAAUGAUGAGAGUGCUCCUGAAAUGAUCAAGCAUGUUCAAGAAUUCAAAUUUAUUCAAGAUCACUUUAAAGGUCAUAGAAGACGGUGGAGGAUAUUUGGCUGGAUGCGUUCCUUCUUCAAACAAUUAUAUGGAUCGGUCACUGUGGCAGACUACACAACAAUGCGACUUGGUUUCAUCAUGAAACAUUGCAAGGGGAACCCAAAAUUUAACUUCUACAAUUACAUGAUUAGAGCAUUGGAGGCUGAUUUCAAGAAGGUUGUUGGUAUUAGUUGGUACCUUUGGGCUAUGCUGAUGAUAUUCUUAUUGUUGAAUGUUCAUGGAUGGUAUGUCUACAUUUGGAUAUCGGUGGUGCCGUUCAUUAUGCUACUUCUCGUAGGAAGCAAGAUGGAGCACAUCAUUACCGAAUUGGCUUAUGAGGUUGCCCAGAAGCAUACGGCGAUUCAAGGGGAUUUAGUAGUAGCUCCUUCAGAUGAUUUCUUUUGGUUCCACCGGCCUAAAUUGGUCCUUCUAUUGAUCCACAUUGUCCUAUUCCAAAAUGCAUUUGAAAUUGCAUUUUUCUUGUGGUUGUUGGUAACAUAUGGCUUUAAAUCAUGCAUCAUGGGAAAACCAGCGUAUGCUAUUACUCGAGUUGUCAUAAGUGUUGUCAGCCAACUCCUUUGCGGUUACAGUACCCUACCGCUUUACGCAAUCGUCUCUCAGAUGGGGAAUUCUUUCAAGAAGUCUAUAUUUGACGAGAAUGUGACUGAAGGCCUCGUUAAUUGGGCCGAAAAGGCUAGGAGACGCACAAGAAUCCCAAACAACUCAAGUGUAGGUGCAAGUAGUUCACCAAUUGAUGGGGUGAAUGGUGGGGCGAUUCAAAUGGCAAAUACACAGGCCAACUCAUCGGCGGAGGAAGGGACUGCCAGGCUAGUAUAGUUGCAUACAAAGUUGCAAAUACAGAGGGCUGUACAGGAGUACCAUUUCGGCGAAUUGUACAAUUAAUUUUACUUGUGCAAUGGAAAUUUUACUAAAAAUGCGAGCUGAAAACUUUGCGCUU